AUGGAUCUGACCGCACCGGCGCCGGCUUCGGGUUCGCAGCCCCCUGAUGGCUCUGAUGGCGACAUCCCAUCUUGUCAGGGCUGUCGGCGCCGCAAGCUCCGGUGUUCCCGCGACCAGCCGAUAUGUUCUCACUGCAAACGGUUGGACUCGCCAUGUGUGUACGAUUUGAAGAAGAAUAAGCCGGGUGUCAAACCCGGAGCGGUUGAGAGCCUGAAUCGCCGAGUGGAGGUUUUGGAAAAUGCUCUAUUACAAAAGUCCAGUGACGGUUCUUACCCGACCUCAAAUGGCAACGGCAACACAGAGUCGCACAGCGCGCCGGCCGAGUCCCAGAACGUGGUCGGAAUACUCUCUUUGCUGGCGCGUGAGCUACACAAGCUCAAUUCGAAGACCAAAACUGGCUCUCAAGCCGGCACACCUGAAGGGGCAGCUGAGCAUGCCGUGUUCUCUCCAACAACGUCCAGCUCUUCCAGGCGAAACACCAUCGACGGAGUCGAAAUUGUCUCACAUCCUCACAACCAACCAAGAAAGCGUCGGAGGGUCGAUAGCUGCGGCAACCCCAACAUCGAUCUGGCCUUCCCCUUGGAAGACCUGGAGAACAUCACAACAAGCCUGCCACCACCAGAACUUUUGGAAGACAUCAUCAAUAUCCAUUUCAACAUCAUCCAGCCCUGGAUUCCAAUCCUUCACGAGACGCAGUUUCGUAGGCGGGUGCACGACCCGGAACAGCUGCCCCGCUUGGUGGUCGUUCUCCAUGCCAUGGUAGUGGCAGCUCUUCGAUUCGUUGACAACUCAGAAAUCCGACUCUCGACGCUUGAAGUUGAACGACGGACAUCGCGGUCAAGAAACAUCGUCAUACUUAACGCAAUGGAUCACCUUUCGGUCGAGAAUCUGCAAGCGCUGGUUAUUCUAGCCUUCAACGAUAUCGGCAACGGAGAUGCGUCAAAGGCUUGGUCAAUAGUUGGAUCUCUCACAAGGACUGUCGAAUACCUUCAAAUGAGUAUCGAAGCCGAUCACCAAGACAAAGAACCUCUUCUGAAGCCGUUGCCGUCAAUACCGCCACCCCAGAACUGGACCGAAGAAGAAGAACGGCGGCGAGUCUUUUGGAACAUCUUCAACCUCGAUAGAUUUUGCUCCGUCACAACAGGAUGGAAUACCAGCUUAACGUCUGAUGAUGUCUAUCGUAGACUUCCAGCCGACGGUGGUCUUUGGCAUAAGGAAGAGUCAGUGAUUACUCCCUUCUUCGGUAUCUGGGAUCGGUCAGCCGCCAAGAUGGGCAACUCCAUUGCCUUCUUACCAGCGCACUAUCCUAGUCCGGAACAGACGGCCGACGCACCACCGCAAACCCCCAUCACCGCUCACCCUCGCAAAGGUCCCAAUACGGUCGACAUGACCACAGUCGGGGCGUUUGCAUACUGCAUAGAAGCGACUGAGUCUCUUAGUAGAGUCACCACGUACUUUCUUCAACAGAAGAUCAACUUCCUGGAUAGACAGGAAGUCAGCAGCUGGCUUACUCGGUUCAAGGAGUUAGAUCUGCGUCUAGUGCACUGGAAAAUGUUCCUGCCUCAGAAGUGGAAAGACUCCAACAUCUCUCGCCAACCCGCUCUCAUUAACAUGGACCCUAAUCUCACGCUCGCACACAUCACCCACAACACCUCAAUGAUUCUUCUCCACCAACGUAUAGCUUAUCCAGAGCCUCGUUGGUCUAACAUAGUGAAGCUUCCUAGCUUCUGUAGCGCCGAGACGUGCCAAGAAGCCGCAGUCGAGACUACAACAAUUACUGAGAAGUACUUGAAGUACACCCCCGAGAACAGUCCCGCUACCAGUCAAUUUGCCUUUUGCGUCUUCAUCAGCGCCAGAGUACUCCUCGUCCAUUGGCGGUACUACGACGCUGAGCUUGCCCCGGAAUUCUGGACUCUGGUUGAGAGCAUGGAGGAGAUGGCCAAGCGCUGGGUCGGGCCCAUCCUCAAAGAAAAACACGCCCAGUGUCUCGCUGGCAAAUACGCCGCGCAGCUCCGCGACCUCCAUCGCAAGUGUCAAGCAGACCCCCAGUUCACAGUUGAUGUUUUGGGUUACUCCAGCGGCGUUGGUGGUCAGGGAUGCAGUCCUGCUGCCCAGACGCCAGCUUUCAGCCACCAGCAGGGCAAUGCCUUGUUUGCACAAAGCUCCAACAGGAUGGCGCCGCCCGUCUCAAGUCCAUUGGCACCGAACCAGACGAUAGGACUAUCGCAACCUCGGCCGCCGCCCAUCUUCCCAAAUCAGCAGCCGCAGGGCCAGAUGAGGCAGGGCUCGAUGAUGGGUUCCAUGGGAUCUCCCAUGCCGAUGACUGGGUUUACCCCGAGAGACUCGGAUGCGCCUGAUGAGCUUUCUGCCAUCUCGCACAUGCUGAUGGAUCAAAGAUUCAUGGAGAUGGACAGGAUCAUCAGUUUUGAUGACAUGAUGUUCACAGCACAAACGGCGAACAAUGGCAAUGCGUCCAUGCCAGUCAAUGGCUGGGGUCCUGUUGAUAAUACACAGCUGGAUUGA